UCAACGUGCGGGGCGGCGGGCCUUGAGCGCCUCUCGCCGUGCUCCAUCGGCUGCUAUGGAGCCACCGCCAGGCCCUGCCGCCUCUUCGGCGGUCUUUGGGGGGCAGCCGGGCUCCAAGCCCUGGUUCGCGGGCAGGCCUCAGCCGCCGGAGUCCGGCUGGGAGCGAAUUUUGGAGCUCUUCCGCAAAGAUGAACUAAAUCGAUAUCCGGAAGAAACCGUCAGUAUCUGUAAAGCAACAUUUACGGCAGGUGUUGUUGGCUUUGUAUAUGGAGGCAUUCCUGGCUUUGUAUAUGCCAAAGAACGAUACAUUGAGCAGAGUGGUGCAGAGAUGUACCACAGUCGCCUGGAUGCUGCGCAAUCUGCACACCGUGCAGCAGUACGGGGCUUCAUCCGUUACGGCUGGCGUUGGAGCUGGAGGAUUGCUGCCUUUGUAGCAAUAUUCAACACUGUGAGCACUAGUUUGUCUGCAUAUCGUGAUAAAAACUCACUCAGUAAUUUUGUGGCUGCAGGAGCUUUUACAGGAGGCCUGUUCAGAUUUCACUUGGGCUUGGGAGGUUUUGCUGCAGGCAGUAUUUUUGGAGCAUUGUUGGGAGUCCCUGCAGGAGGAUUGAUGAUGGCAAUGCAAAAUCUUUCUGGUGAAACCUUGCAUGAGGGAAGAAAACAGGAGCGAAGGGAGCGAUAUGAACAGCAGCUGAUAGAGUGGAACAACAGCCUUGGCAUCACUGAGAAAAUCUCGAAAGAAAUAGACGAUUACAUUCAGGAAGGAGCUGAGAAGAGACAUGAUGAAAAGAUACAGAAAUGAAUAAAUCUUGUCUCAAAGUUGAAUCUUGACUGAACUGCAAUGGGAUCUGUGGCAGAAACUGGACUCCUAACAUCGGUGUCAAAGAAUCUUGAGCUAAAAUUCUCCCUCUGCCCUGUUUUCCUGGUCAAAGUGCAUUCUUCUGGGGGGAAAGGAACUCACACAUUUGCUCAGUUACACUUCAGAAUGUCCAACUUGAAAUGAUUAGAGAGGGGAAUGCUUGAAAUGCCUCAGUGGACAAAUGGAGUGAAAAAUUCAAGUCUUACUGGGGCAAGUUGUAAGUAUGAUGAUGGAUAAAUUGAUGUGGUCUUCGUAAUUAGCAGAAAGAGAUUUGGGUUCUUUUUGAAGCAUAGAGUGAUUUUCAGAAAGUGUUCAUUUCAAGUGGAAACACCCUCUAAAGCCAGCAAUAACUUGGGAAUACAGUACCCUUUAUCCAUCUGAAUACUGUAGAUCAGAAGAACAUCUUGCAAAAAAUUAAGGACGCUGAUCAACACACAAAGUUAAUAAAGUAAACUAACUUUCA